GAAAUGAUAUUUAAACUUAUUUGGUUAAAUGUAGUAGAAGCUAUACUUUAUAUGAAAACGAAAACAUAUAGUUUUACAAAACUGCGCAUAUACACUAGAUAUUCGCUAAUUCAUUAUUUAUUGAGUAACUUCGUACUUCACACCAAGUAGCUUUUAGAUGGAAAUGCCCUUCAUAUUAUAACAUUUAAUAAUUAUGAUGUAAUUUAUUUUUAAAAGGUAUUCUGGAUAUAGCAAGUAUUGAUCCUGGUUGAAGGCAGCUAUAAUGCAAGAAGGUUGGAGCAACUUCAUGGGUUUUUUUAAAGGGACGUUCAGAAAAAAAGAGAUACCAUAUAAAAAGACCGAUCCAGUGAUUAUUGUUCAUGGAGGCGCAUGGACCAUUCCGAAGGAUAUCGUUGAGGAGUCGCGGGAAGGUACGAAGGCGGCGGCCAAUGCCGGCUAUGCUGUGCUGUCCAGCGGCGGUACUGCCAUUGACGCGGUGGAGGCGGCUUUACAAGUACUAGAGGAUUAUCCUUGUUAUGACUCCGGGACGGGUUCCCCGCUAACGGCAAAAGAGGAAGUAGAGAUGGACGCUGUGAUCAUGGACGGAAGGACGCUCAAAACGGGGGCUGUCGCCUGCGUCCAGAAUAUCAAGAACCCCAUCAAACUUGCAAGGAUGGUCAUGGAAAAGACCACCCAUACUUUGCUGGUGGGACCAGGCGCAAACCUGUUUGCGGAGGAAAUGGGUAUCAAGUGCGUGCCGUUGGAAUCCCUGGUGACCGAGAGGGCUAAACGCGAUCUAGCUCUAUACAAGGGAAACUACGGCGACACCGUCAAAAACGCAUUUAAAUCGAGGGUUUCCGGUCACGAUACAACAGGUGCAGUGGCUUUGGACAAGAACGGUAACGUGGCAUACGGAACGUCAACGGGUGGCAUUUCCGGCAAGAAGCCGGGUCGCGUAGGGGAUAGCCCUAUUAUAGGUUUGGGCGGAUACGCUGACAACGAAGUGGGCGGCAUCUCAUGCACGGGCCACGGGGAGUCCAUCUCCAAGGUCGUGCUGGCACACCAGGUCAUCACCGCCAUGAGGGCAGGAACGAGCGCACAGGUGGCUGCAGACAAGGCUCUUGCAAACAUGGCGUCGCGGGUGGAAGGAUACGGGGGCGUUAUCGUGCUGAGCCGUUUGGGCGACGUUGCGCUCUCCUACACCACGGAUAACAUGUCGUGGGCUUGGGCCAAGAAAGGCACCCUUCACAGCGGCGUCAGUCCCGGUGAAGACUUCAAGGAGCCCGUUGGCGGUGUAUAGUGAUGUUAUAUGCAGAAAAAUACCGGUGGACGCUGUCGAAGAAGGCGACAUAUCUAGUCCGGACAUAGUAGAAAAGCAUCUUACCCAAUGAAGCCAUCGUUGUACUGAAAUUGGACAAAAUCUGUUUUCCAUUUUCAACUGCGACAUUUGGUAAUCACCGGUGAUAGUAACAUAUCUGUUUUAUAGCAUGUGUUUUGUUUGAAUAUGUUGUGUAGCAUACAUAUUAAAAAGUUUACCAAGUCA